ACAACUGUGAGGAAUAUACUGUCGACCUUUCGAUUCUUUGAUCUUUUCAACGAAUUAUUACAAGAUAUGUUCACGAUUCUGAUAAACGAACCGGAUAGAGACUCGACACGAGAAUUGCACGCACGCAAUGUCGCUUUAAAUCAAAUGAAUUUUAUCACGCUAAAGACAUGGACAUCACGCUGGACGACAGAUUAAACGUAUUGCAACAAGUAAGCCAACUAAAGCUUGUUGAAAUAUUGGACGUGAUUCCUGGGGCUAAAGACCUAGUAAUAGAGCAAAAAUUAAUGAAAAUUUUUGACAGUUUUGUAGGAGUUUCUGUGCUCAAGCGCUACGGAGUUAACAAAAUUUAUAAACUGGAACAAGGUCUGAAACUUUCAAACUCUCAACGUAUCUUCAUAGUAACCAGUGACUUGAUCUCUUGCAAAAGAGCAUUGGAUCAAAUACAGUCAGAGAUUUCACCAAAUGUAAAACCACAUGUACUGCCGUGUCAUCAUAUUUUAAUCACUCCGUUUGUACCAACAGUUCUUCACUCGAUUAUCGAAGAAGAGGGCUUAUCUGGACUCGUGAAUGUACACUCAUUAUCAUGGGAAUUCAUAAGAUUCGAUGGCAAUGUCUUAUCUCUGGAAAACUCUAUGUUUACUGAUAUCUAUUAUCACAAAGAUACCACUUUGUUACCGGCAUUAGCACGGAACUUAUGGUCACUGCAGCUUAUACUCGGCUCACCCAAGCUGAUUCUUUCGUUUGGUAAACAUAGUCAACAGAUGCUUAACAUUAUGGAUUCUAUAAAGCAGUGCUUAGGCUCGUCGAACAUAGAAAAUGAAGUUGGAGCUUUAAUUCUAAUGGAUAGAAAUUACGAUCUAGUCGCACCACUUUUAACCCCAGUAACGUAUGCUGGUUUAUUGCAUGAAGUUGUGGAUGUAAAUGUCGGUACAGUUACCUUAGGCAAAUCUCAAACCAAACUGGACCCAGAUAAGGACCAGAUUUAUGGAGAAGUAAGAGAUACACCAUGCAGCGACGUUUUUCCUACUUUACGUGGAAAGGCUAAAUCUCUAAAAUCUGAACUGACUGCGAUAGAAACAAUGAAUAUAUCUGAAAUGGAGCGAUAUGUGGCGACUAGAUUAAAGAAGAUCAGUGACAUGACACGUCAAGUGGGUAUUCACAUAUCUACCGGUCAACUUAUUGCAGAUACAUUGGGCUCUGACUUUCAAACCCUGCAACAGAUAGAGAAAUCUGUACUCGAAUGCAAAGAGAGAAAAGAAUGUUUAAAUUACAUUGAAAAGCAAAUUGAUGAUCAUCCGCUGAGAAGCUUGCGUUUAUUAUGUCUAUUGUCUAUUGCAAGCGAUGGCGUCGCUCAGAAUGAGCUACACUCGAUUCAGAAGCUCCAUCUUCACGCGCACGGUUACAAGCAUAUACCAUUAUUUUAUAAAUUGCAAAGCGUAGGUUUGCUGAAAUGUAGAGCGGAGAAUAUUUUUCACAAAUUACCGAACUGGACCAGCGAAUGGAACAGCGGGGCUCAGAAGCUGAAACUUCUGCCGAGCUAUUCCAAGCAAACUGAACAAAACAACCGUACAUGUCCCAGUUACGUGUUCAACAAUAUUUAUACUCCUGUAAUUGCCCAAGUGUUAAAUAUUGUAGUAAAUCAAAAAAAGGACGCUAAGAAUCUCGAGGAAUUGGCAAGUUUACCGAAUUGCCUUAUAAGUGGACAACGUGGUCCAUUGCUACCAAAGAUGGUGAUAGUAUGUGUUAUAGGUGGUAUCACUUGCGCUGAAAUAGCUGCUUGCAGACUUAUCGAAAAGUUAUUUGGAAUUCGACUUGUCCUUGCAUCCGAUAGUAUUACAACAGGUAACAAAAUACUCGAAAGGAUGCACGAAAUAUAA